UACUAAAAAUGGCAUCCUCCUGUAGUAUAAUCAGAAAUGAUAAACUGUUAGAUCAUCAAAAGGAAAUUUUAAAGUCUUGUACGCUGAAAUUAGAAAAUCUGAAAAGAGGAAAUGAAGAUAUCCAGAAAAGUGAAAUAAAUACAACUCUUGAUGAACUGAAUGGACUGACCUACACGAUAGUCUUUUUCAGUACUGAGGAAGCAGAAAAACUCCUUCAGAUGUGUUUCUUUCACAUUCCUUUCACAAGUGAACAUCUUGUUUCUAAGUUGUGUCAUCUUUUAACUAAUAUCCUCACCAAGCAACAGGUGGAAUGCAGAUCUGAGUUUCUACACGCAUGUCUUGGCUACUUCACUAGAGCUUUACAGAUUUGUGGAACUUGGGUUACAUCUGACAUAUUGGACACCUUGGCUGUUUUAGUAGCUGAUAACGUAGGAAGAAUAGAGCAGUACUGGGAAAACUUAAUUGGUCCACAAGGAAGUCUUCUUGUUUUUGUGAGUCCCACUUAUCCAGAUCCUAAUAUAUGUUUAAGUUCUCUGAAGUGCUUACAAAAUUUCACUCUAAGGUGAGUAUGGUAAAUGGGUGCUAUUGGUUUAUCAUUAGUUGUCAAUUAAGCUAUAGUCUGAAAUUUUGGAACAGAUUAAAAUACAAACCAUUCUGAACUAAACACUAACUUACUGA